CUCUGCAGCUUGAGGGGGAGCGGAUUAGAGCCAUGAGUGGGCCUUUAAAUCUCCAGGAUUAACCCGCGCGGAGAGGAGCUUAGCAGGUGGCCGAGAAGUGACCAUCCCGCCUGGUGUCUGUGUCUGUCUCGCAGGGCCGAGGCCAGCGGCUCCGGGGCCAGCCGCCAUGUCCUCCACAGUGAACAACGGGGCGGCCGGCAUGCCGUCCCCACCGGACGCGGCGAACGGCUUCCCUCAGCCGGGGGCCUCCUCGGGGACCUGGCCGCGGGCCGAGGAGGAGCUGCGCGCCGCGGAGCCGGGCCUGGUAAAGCGCGCGCAUCGCGAGAUCCUGGACCACGAGCGCAAGCGGCGCGUGGAGCUCAAGUGCAUGGAGCUGCAGGAGAUGAUGGAGGAGCAAGGGUACUCGGAGGAGGAGACCCGACAGAAGGUCAGGACUUUCCGGCAGAUGCUGAUGGAGAAGGAGGGAAUGCUGACCAGGGAGGACCGGCCUGGAGGCCACAUCGUGGCGGAGACCCCGCGGCUGCUCGAGGGCGCGGAGCCGGGCCUGGAGUACGCGCCCUUGGACGAGGACGACGGCCCGGUGGACUGCGACUGCCCGGCCGCCUGCUACCGCGGGCACCGGGGGUACAGGACCAAGCACUGGUCCAGCAGCUCGGCGUCGCCCCCUCCCAAGAAGAAGAAGAAAAAGAAAGGCGGCCACCGGCGAAGCCGCAAAAAGAGGAGACUGGACUCUGAGUGCAGCUGUGGGAGCUCCUCACCCCUGCGCAAGAAGAAGAAGAGUGUGAAGAAGCACCGAAGAGACAGGUCUGAUUCUGGGUCCCGGAAGAAGAGACGACACAGAUCUCGAAGCCCCAAGAGCAAAAGGAAAGAGAAGAACAAAGAGAGGAAGAGGCCACACGCGGAGUCCCCAGGUCGGAGGCCCCGUCGCCACAGCAGCGGCAGCUCCCAGAGCCCCUCCCUCUCCUCCCACUACAGCGAUUCCAGAUCACCCAGCAGGCUGAGCCCCAAGCACCGAGAUGACGGGCGGAAGACGGGCAGCCAGCGGUCCAGCGGGAGCCGGUCGCCUUCCCCGUCCGGCGGCAGCGGGUGGGGGUCGCCCCAGCAGAACGGCGGCAACAGACAGCGGAGCGGAGCGCACGGGGGCCGCCCCGGCUCGGCGCACAGCCCGCCAGAUAAGCCCAGCUCGCCCUCGCCCAGGGCCCGCGACCAGGCGGAGGCCGGCACAGCCACGCCGCCCGCGCGGGGCAAGGAGAGCCCGAGCCCGCGCUCGGCUCCGUCGUCGCAGGGCAGAGGAGGCCGCGCGGCGGGCGGGACGGCCAGGCGGCGGCGGCGGCGACGGCGGCGGCGGCGCUCCCGGUCCUCGGCGUCCGCGCCCCGCCGCAGGGGCCGCCGGCGCGCCCGGCCCGCGCCGCCCCGGGGUUCGUCGCGCUCGCUCAGCAGGGCCCGCUCCAGCAGCGACUCCGGCGGCGGCGGCGGCGGCGCCCCCGGCCCCGGGCCCGAGCCCGGCUCCGAGCGAGGCCACGGCGCGCACGGGAAACGGACCAAGGAGCGGCCCCCGCGCGCUCGGCCGGCCAGCACCUCCCCGUCCCCGGGCGCGCACGGCAGGCACGGCGGCCCGGAGGGGAAGAGCUCGUCGCGCAGCCCGGACCCCCACCCGCGCUCGUGGAGCUCCAGCCGCUCGCCCUCCAAGUCCCGCUCGCGCUCCGCGGAGAAGAGGACCCGCAGCCCCAGCCGCUCGCCGUCGCCCAAGAAAACCCUGGGCCGGGACAAGGACGGCGAAGGCCGCGCGAGGCACGCCGAGGCCGAGGCCGCCCGCGCCCGGCGCCGCUCCCGCAGCUACUCGCCCAUCCGCAAGCGGCGCCGGGACUCGCCCAGCUUCAUGGAGCCGCGGCGCAUCACCAGUGCCCGAAAGCGUCCCAUCCCCUACUACCGGCCCAGCCCCUCGUCCUCCUCCAGCUGCCUGAGCAGCGACUACUCAAGCCGGAGCCCCAGCCGCAGCCCCAGUCCCGGUCACAGCCACGGAAGCUACAGCAGCCGCAGCCGCGGGACCCGCAGCCGCACGCGCAGCCCCUCCCGGACCCCCAGUCCCAGCUACCACAGCCGGAGCAGCUCAGAGAGUGGGGGCUUCUGAGCCCGGACAGACCCAGCUUGGUGCCCCCUGGCAUAGGGAGAGGCGAGGGGUCAGGCCCCAGGACCCGUGAGGGGGCCUGCACCCCACUGCUACAAGGGGGUCCCCGGGCCAGGGAAGACCUUGAGUGUGGGCGCCCUGCAGACAAGGAGGA